UGAGAGGAACAUUUUAACAGCUUUGAGAAUUCGCAUGACAUGGCCUUCGAAUAAAUUCCUGCAUCUAAUACUGCCCCAAGAAACACUGAGUACUGACCCUCGCGUAUAAUCUAUUUAUACAGCCAUUUGAAGAAAACGCCAAAUGUCACGUGUUGGAGACGUUCCCCGACACAUUCACGUGUUCGUGACGUCACAUGCGCUCUACUAGCAACUAGCAGCGAUCAUGGCGGCUACGCGUGCUGUGAAAAGGGGCACUGGGGGAGCGGAAGAACAGCUUCCUCUGCAGGCAGUACUCAUUGCCGACAGUUUUAAUAGGCGGUUCUAUCCAAUCACGAAGGACCGGCCACGGGCUCUCCUCCCACUGGGUAAUGUGGCUCUAAUAGAUUAUACACUAGAGUUUCUUACAGCCACUGGAGUCAAGGAAACUUUUGUUUUCUGUUGCUGGAUGGCAAAUGAUAUUAAGGAGCAUUUAAGCAAUUCAAAGUGGUGCAGACCUACCAGCCCCAAUGUGGUACGUUUUGUGACGUCUGAGCUUUACAGAUCACUUGGUGAUGUUUUAAGAGAUGUCGAUGCAAAAUCUUUAGUACGAUCUGACUUCAUUCUUGUCACUGGUGAUGUGGUGUCCAAUAUCAACAUUGAAGCUGCCCUGGAGGAGCACAGGACACGUCGAAAGUUAGAAAAAAAUGUGUCUGUAAUGACAAUGAUCCUCAAGGAAUCCUCUCCAGGUCACCGAACAAGAUGUCAAGAGGAUGAUGUUGUUCUUGCUAUGGACAGUAAGACAAAACGAGUGCUGCUCUAUCAGAAGAGCCAGGGCCUGGCACGCUUUCACUUUCCAGUGAGCAUUUUCCAGAGUGCAACUGAUGAAAUUGAGCUGCGUCACGAUUUGUUGGAUUGUCACAUCAGCAUUUGCUCUCCACAAGUUGCAGAGCUGUUUACAGACAACUUUGAUUAUCAGACUAGGGACGAUUUUGUCCGUGGUAUUUUGGUCAAUGAAGAGAUUCUUGGGAAUCAAAUACAUCUUCAUGUAACCCAGGAGGAGUAUGGUGCCAGAAUUUCCAACCUGCUAAUGUAUGAUGCUGUAACUUCUGACAUCCUACGCCGAUGGUUGUACCCUCUUACACCUGAGACCAAUUUCACUGACCAGGAUGCACAUACUUAUACUCACUGUCGUCACAACAUCUAUCGAGGAUCAGAUGUCAGUCGGGGUCAUGGGAGCAUACUGAGGGAGAAUGUGCUGAUUGGGAGUCAUACAACUAUUGGGUCUAAUUGCAGCAUCAGCAACAGUACCAUUGGGAGGAACUGCAGCAUUGGGGACAGAGUAGUUCUGGAGAAUGUACAUAUCUGGGAUAGAGUGCAUGUUGAAGAUGAUGUUACUAUCAAAAAGUCCAUAAUUUGUAAUGAUGUUGUUGUGAAGAAAAGGGUGCAGAUAAAUCCACACUGCGUCUUGACAUCAAAGGUGGUUGUUGGUCCUGAUUUUCAACUUCCAGAAAGUACAGUGAUUUCUCUUCAUCAUCCCGAAGAAUAUGAAAAUGAUGAUGAUGAAUUUAGUGAUGAUGCAGGCGCUGGAAAAGAGGCAGAAAGAACAAAGGUUAAAGUAUACAAUAAAAAGGAGGUUGGUUCAGAAGGUGAAGGUUAUCUGUGGAAAUUUUCAAAUCUUGCAGAAGAGGAGGAAGAUGAAGAGCUGCAGAGGGGUUUGUGGGGACUUACUCUGAACACUGAAGAGGUCAGUGACAGCGAGAGUGAGACUGGCAGCAUGCAACAGUCAGAAAGCCACCCUGCUUCACCUGUCCUUGAUGAUAUUAAAGUUUUUCAGAUGGAAGUUCUGGGCACACUGCAGAGGGGUGUGGAAGAAAAUAUAUCUUGUGAUAAUUUGGUGCUUGAAAUUAAUUCUCUCAAAUAUGCCUAUAACAUAUCUCUGAUGGAGGUGAUGCAGGUUUUGUGUAAGGUUGUCUUGGAGUUUCCACUCCAUCAACUUGAUGGAACUCUUGAUGUGAACCUCUACUGCAGUACUCUAAUUCCUCUUCUGAAAAGAUGGACCCCCCUUUUUAAAAAUUAUGUAAAACGGGCUUCUGAUCAUCUGUGUUGCCUUGGAGCAAUGGAAGAAUUUUUUUUGGAGAAUGAAACACUAUGGGCUGCAAUUGCAAAGGUAUUCAUGGGCUUCUACCAGCAAGAUGUGUUAGCAGAAGAGAUGAUUAUUCGUUGGUUUUCACAGACUGAGGUUACAGAGAAGGGUCGGCAAUUAAGGAAGAAGCAGGUGCUCCAGAAGUUCAUACAGUGGUUAGAAGAAGCUGAAGAAGAAUCUUCGGAAGAUGAAUAAAAAUGGAGAGAAAAUAGAAGUGGGCACAAUGCACACACAUAUUAUUUCUACUGCAGCUUAUAGCCAUUGGUUGCCGGCACUCAACUCCGCCAUUUGAUAUAUAAAGUCCAAAAAUAAAAGGAAGCACUCCCGGCAUAAAGGUUGUUAGAAGUCCUUUACUGAAUCAUAUAAACAUCUAUGCGUUUCUGUCCCUUGAGGUACCGAAACGCGUAGAUGUUUAUAUGAUGUAUGUGUGCAUCAUGGAUAGGACAGUCAGUAUAGGAAGUUCUGUAGUACUAAAGUGCAGUAUAUACAAAUCACAGAUGCAACACCCAUGCCCAACAUCAAAAAUAAAUUCAUAUUUAAAAGCAAUAGUAUUAUAAGCAAGAUCAGUGGCCCUCCAAGGUGUUUCAUCUGCAAAAGGCUAGCCCAAGAAGAAUCUCUUCUGUAGGUGAAAAAAAUAUUAGCAAUCAAAGAGAGAUCAUCUUUGCAGGCCAAACACUUCAAGGUGGGCAUAAAGGGGACAGAUCCUUUUGUUUGGCGACAUUGCCAACCGGGCAGAUCUCCAGUGUAUGGCCACCAUUAGCAGUAGCAGGACCAAUUUAUGCAAGUGACUACAAUAAAAUGGUUUUGAUUUUGAAUCUGCAAUACAUAAAGGUAUUUGAGUAUAGUUACCCACAGCUUGGUCUAGAUUUUGAGUUUAUAUAUAAUAUAUAAACCUAAUUAGAUUGCAUGGAAGGACCCAUAGUACAUGUUAAAGGUAGUUUUUAAUUGUGACUUUUUUUUGCAGCUUAAAGGAAUGGGAAAUUUCUGUGAAGUGCAUUUGUAGUUUUGCAGAAUUUUCUGUACUAGCUGUUCUAUUCAUGUUCUUACUAAUACUUCAUUUUGGCACAAACCUGGUGGUGUGAUAUGACUGGAGAAGUGUGAUAUGGGGUUGGUUAUCAAUAAACCCAUUAUCUAGAAGGCUCCAAAUUAAGAGAGUUAUUUGACUAAGUUGGAGUAAUAAAACAGUUUUAUUUUAUGAUAACUAAGGUAGCUUGAGUCCAUGUAAGGGUGAUGUCAGGCAGGGUGAUUAGUCGCCCAGCGACAAAUCUUUGCUUCUGUGUUGACUAAUCUCCACGAAAUGCCUUCCCGUCGGCAAGAAUACGAGUCAGCUGCAUACGAAUUGCUUCAGAUUUCCAAAGUUGUCUCACGAGGAAACUUCGGGCGACUUUGGAAAUCUGAAUCAAUUUGUAUGUCAUCCCAUCGGCGAUUCAUAUUCUUGCCGGCGGGAAGGCAUUUGGGGAGCCUUCUGCUAUCUCACUAGCAGCUAGGCACGUGCAGUUAAAGCUGAUCUGGUUCUAAUUUUAACUAAGCAUGCUUCUGAUUAGAAGCAGCCAGAGACUCUCGUCCUCAGCUCUACUGCACAGCUGUCCAUUUUUAUUUCUCUUAAAUUAUGGACAAACGGCAAUACUGGAGGUCCUGUGUGGUUCAGUUUGGGAGGGUUUUGUUUUUUAAACACACAGCUCUCAGACUGGGAGUACAUUGGUAUAUUCUUUUGUUUUUCAGAAUAUUAUGUCAUUAAAUCCAUGCUAACAUGCUUCUUUUUCUGCAACAAAUGCCCCUAAUUGUACAACAUUACAGAGCAUUUAUUUAUUGGGUAAAUAAAGUAAAUGUAUGUA